CCACCAACUACGUACAUAAACUUUGCUCAGACUUCACACCUUUAAAAAAUUCCUUCAACCACAUUUUCUUCUCAUUUUUAAGCUCCCUUCUUGUCUCUCUCUACCACCUCCCUCAUUUAAGUCUUCUGGGUUUUUCUCUCUGUUCAUUUCCUUCUUCUUCUCCCAUUUGUUGUUUUCUUUCCUUCUUUGUUGCUAAGCAUUUUCUUGUUAAUGGUCACUAUUUGUAAUCUUCAUUUAUGUUUCUCUUUGUUGUGUGAUUAGCUCUGUUUAUCUUUGGUGUGUUCAAGAUCUAAACAAUUCCAUAUCUUCAUUCUCAUGGAUCUUGUUAGUAAACACUACAUGAUCCAUGGCGCAGAAACUCUUUCUCCGAUUACAACCCCAAGUAGCUCGAUCUUUGGCUCACAUUUACAUUCCUCAGGUACCAGUUUUCCCAUUAUAGCCAUUGCCAUUAUAGGAAUCUUAGCCACGGCUUUCUUGCUAGUGAGUUACUAUAUCUUUGUCAUCAAAUGCUGCCUCAAUUGGCACCGUAUUGAUCUCUUAAGGCGAUUCUCUUUAUCGCGAAGGGGAGGACCUGAAGACCCUUUAAUGGCGUACUCUCCAGCCAUGGAAGCUCGAGGGCUAGAUGAGUCUGUGAUAAGGUCAUUGCCCAUAUUUCAAUACAGUAAAGGCGUCAACAGCAAAGAACUGGGAGAAAGAAACUUUUGUGAAUGUGCAGUCUGUUUGAGUGAGUUUCAAGAAGAUGAGAAGCUAAGGAUAAUACCAAAUUGUAGCCAUGUUUUCCACAUUGAUUGCAUCGACGUUUGGCUUCAAAGCAAUGCAAAUUGCCCACUUUGCAGAACAAGUAUUUCACCCACAACAAGAUUCCCCAUUGAGCGAAUUAUCGCACCCAGUUCCACUCCACAAGAUCCAAAUCCAUACACUGAAAAUGUCGUAAGCAGCGAUGAGGAUUAUGUUGUGAUUGAACUCGGUACUCAUCACUCUGUGGAUCAAACGUUGCUUGCAACACAAGAAAGAUUGAAUUCAGGAGAAUUAUCAGGGCUUUCAAUUAGUCCUCCUUUGCCACCGCGAAAGUUAGAACAGAGACUUGUUCAUAAAAGGGCGAGGAAGUUUCAUAAGUUGACGAGUAUGGGAGAUGAAUGUAUUGAUAUUAGAGACAAAGAUGAGCAGUUUGCAAUAGAACCCAUUAGAAGAUCAUUUUCAAUGGACUCAUCAGCUGAUCCCAAGUUCUAUUCAGCAAUUCAAGAAGCUUUUCAACAAAACAGGCAAGUCAGCGAAGUCAGCCCCAUUGAAGGUUGCAGUAACAGAGUUAGAAGAUCUUUCUUUACCUUUGGUCAUGGCAGGGGAUCCAAAAGUGCAGUUCUACCAGUUCAUUUGGAGCCAUGAAAGAAACAUUAAAUUUAUUAGUCUUUUUUUUUUUUUUUUUGUU